AUGUCCUCGACCGCCGACUACAUCGUCUCGGGCGUUCUCGCCGACGGCACUCCCAUCGUAUUCGGAGCGCUAGUCUCGCACGGAACCUCCACGUCGGCCAUUCAUCACGUGAGCUCGACGAGCCAGUUCGCCGUCGAAUCGUGGGAUGGAGAGCACGCCGAGCGCGAGCAUCAUGAUCACGACGAGGCGGUGCGACGCUUCUCGCUUUAUUUGGAGCCGGACAAGCCGAAUGAGGAGCAUGAUGAGGAGGAGGAGCCGAUCGCGAGCAGUGCUCAAUUCGAGCGCACCCGAUCCGCGUCGCUUGCCGCCGCGCUGCUCGAGCUCGACCCGCGAGGAGUUCCGCUUGUGCAAUUCUUCAAACUCGCCACCAGCGAGCCGCUGCUCGAGCUCGACGAGGGCGACGACGAAGUUGAGCCGACGGAGGCGGAGCUUGUGCUCAGCCACCUUCUCUUCACUCUCCGCGCCGUGAAGAUGUCGUCCGACGGCGAUGCGAAGCACUCGGACGCCGUCCAACGACUCCGCGAACUUGAGGAGGAGCUCCGCGCCGCCGGAGCCGUCACCCCCGCCGAUCCGGCGGUUAGUGAGGCGGUGGCGCGUGCGUUGGCCGUCGCCGGCGCCGGACGUGACGUCCAAAUCCGUGUGAAUCAGUCGAAGCACACGACGACGACGAAGACCGUCUAUGAGACGGAGACGCCGGCGAUGGCGCACAUGGAUAGCGAGCAGAUUCGCAACCUUCAACACCAGAUCUUGGCCGAUAUUUGUACGUGAUUGUGCUUUGGUUGCGUUUGUUGCAUGCCUCAAACUCCCCCCCUUUUUCAAAUCACCUCACUUUCCAAACCAAUAUCGUUCACUUUUCAGCGUCUGGCGCUGAGCACCACGCUGGCCACGACUCGGGCACGACGCAAAAGAAGGAGACGGCCGAGGAGGGAUUCACCAACGAGGACGGAUCGGUGAUCGUUUCGAAGAAGAUGACUCGCGUCGUCACCACCACUCGCACCACUUUGCCAGGUAAAACGUUUUCGAUAACUUUUUAUUUGCUCCGUCCGAUAUGCCUCUAGCUCUAGCUCUAGCUCACCGGAGGAACGUGAGAAAUGUGUUUUGUUUUCGUCGCCUCUCGCCCGCCGCUCGUUGAUUUUGAAAAUGCGCUCGGAGAGAAAAGAGCACGGCGGGGCGUGGAGCCCGCAGACACUUUACACACUCACGAGCCCCCUCAUCCGAGCGAGCGGCUCUAGAAUCUCAAGGCUCGGGGGGGAACAUCAAGUCAUUUACAAUAUCUACAAUAUUUAUGUCUUGCAGGAGAAGGAGAAGAGCCAUCGGCGCCUGGUGAGUAAGCAGUUUCACGCCGAAUCGUCGUCAAGAAGGACCGUACCCCCCCCCACCGACUACCGAUAUUGUUCUUUUCUCAUUCUCCUCACUCUCUCUCUCUCUCUCUCUCUCUCUCUCUCUCGCUCGUCUCUAGCACACCGUAAUCUGAAAAUAAAGAGAAUUCAGAAUCCCGAGAUAUUAUAAAUGUCGCGCUCGUUUAAUAAAGGUCAACUUUUUGUGUUCUUCACAAGUGGUUCGCAUGAUUUGAUAUCGUUUUCGUUCGGUUUUUUUUUUGGUUGGUUGGCACGUCGAACGGGGAAAGCGAAACGCGAAACGGAUUACUGUAGUUAUUGUUCAGUUUGGCUCGAGCACUUUACAGAUUCAAAAGGAUCAUCGAGAAGAGCGUCGUUCUAUUUCAGGCGGACUUUUCUGGAUGUUGUAAUGAUGUUUGAGCACUUGGAUCCAUUGCGAGCCUACCCUUUUUGUUUAUACAUGUGUGGUUCCACUAGUUUUUCCCUUUUUUCUCUCUCAUUCUCUCUCAUCUCGUUCUUUUCCAUCUCUCACUCUAGAUUACGGUAGGGGUACGGUAGGGGUACGGGAAUUCUGAAAACUUGAAAACAAACGUUGGAAGUUCAUCGAUAAAGUGCUCAUUUCAGCGUCGCCAGUGGAAGCCACAUCACUCGGAAGCGUCAAGGACCGCAUCGCAAAGUUCGAGCAGCUCAAGGACUUUGGAGCGCCGGAACACGAGCUUCUGGAACCGUCUGUGGGGAUUGUGAUUACUCCGCAUACACCGGUGCCGCCAGAGCAUUCGGAGGAGCAUCCGGAAGACGAAGACGAACCACGAGAAGCGCUGGAACUCGCCGAGCCGGAGCAUGUCGCGCACGCACAGCUCAAAGACACCCGGGAGUACAGCGACGAGGAGCUCUCCCAGGAACUUCAACCAUCCGAGGAGCACGUCGCGACCGCCGAGAUCAAGGACAUCAAAUCGUACUCGCCCACGUCUUCAGAAGAAGGGAAAGUGAGUCCGAGUCCGAGGGUCGCGCCGGUUCCCCAAGCACGCCAGUCCAUCUCGCCAUCGGUUGCGAGUUCCGCCCACCACGACGACGAGUUGGCCGCCCAUUUUGUGGCAGAGUCUUUCGAGAAACAUGACGAGGGACGGGUGGAGCACAUGGAGCACACGCCCGUCUACCGGGGACAUCGAUCGCCGGGGCAGACGUCGCCGAUUGUGUCGGAGCAUCCGAUCGCGCAAGAGUACGCGGAGAGUGUGACGAGCCACGACGAGGAGCCGGACAAUUUGAGUCUGAAAUCGGGACAUGAAGCCGAGAUUGCGCGGCAUUCUGAGGAAGAGGAGGAGCGAGAUUCUCUUCAGAAGGAUAAUGAUGAGGAACCGGAAGAGUUAACCACCCAGACUACCAUCACAGAAUCGCCAAUCCGUCAUGAAGAUGUAUUAGCGGAGUUCCAUGAGCAUUCUCCAGUACCAUCGGAACGUCAAGUGACCCGGGAGUUUUAUGAAGAACCAGAGCAUCCAGAAGAGCUCAAGUCUCACUCACCAGCUUCUCAAGUCGGUCACGAUGAACCAGACUUUGGACACAUUGUCAGAGAGACCACCACGACGGUCACUCGAGACUUCCAUGAGGACCGUGAGAAGACCCCAUCGCCAGCAGUUUCUGAGGACUACGUGUCUCCGGUUCCAUCGAACAAGGAUACUUACUCGCCAGCGCCGGUUGAGAUGGAAGAUCAGUUGAUCAAGGAGACGACAACAACGACUACAGUCACCCGGGAAUUCUAUGAUCAGCCGGAGCAACCAGUGGAGUCUUACUCACCAGCUCCAUCUUCCCAUGUGGAGUCGGAGCGGCCAGAGGAACAUCCUCAUAUCAUUGAGACGACCACCACGACUACCGUAACCCGGGAUUAUCAUGAUGCACCGGAGGAACCAACUGGAAGAGCUCCAGAAUCCGGAGAGGAAAGCGAUGGAGAAGGAUUCGGUAGCAAGGUUCUCGGAUUUGCGAAGAAGGCGGGAAUGGUCGCCGGAGCUGUGGUUGCUGCUCCAGUUGCUCUCGCUGCUGUUGGAGCCAAGACUGCUUACGAUGCUCUCAAGAAGGAUAGUGAUGAGGAGGAGCCGGAAGAGCACGAAGGUUUGCUCCGAGAAGAAGAACGUCAACGCCGAGCCUCACCAUCCGGAUCUUCAUCUCCAGUUCCAUCAGAGGGAUCUGUGACGCGAGUUGUUGAGACCACUACCACCACGGUCACCAGAGGAUUAUAUGAAGAAGAGCCACAUCAUGAUGCUCAGUAUUUCCAUGAGCAAUCCGAAUCUCCAGUACCAGCGGAACGGACUCCAUUGUUGGAAAAGCCACGACACGAUGCUCCAGCUGAUUCAGGCUACUUCCAUGAGCAAGCAGAGCAUGAAAUUCCAACUGAACAUGCACCAUUGCUCACCGAAAAACAACCAGAAUCCGGAGAGGAAAGCGAUGGAGAAGGAUUUGGAAGCAAGGUGCUCGGAUUCGCGAAGAAGGCGGGAAUGGUCGCCGGAGCUGUGGUUGCUGCUCCAGUUGCUCUCGCUGCUGUUGGAGCCAAGACUGCCUACGAUGCUCUCAAGAAGGAUAGUGAUGAGGAGCCAGAGGAGCCUGAACGACGAGCUCUGGAAUCUCCAACUUCAUCGGAACAGUACCAGGAGCCAAUCCACGAGUCCUCGGAACCAGAGAAGCAUCAUAUCACAGAGACAACGACAACUACCACGGUGACCCGUGAGUUCUACGAUGAGCCGGUGUCUCCAGUCCCAUCGGAUGCUGCUGGAUCGCCUGUGGAAAGCGAGAAGUCGAUCCCUCAUGUCGUCGAGACCACCACAACCACCACUGUCACCCGGGACUUUGACCAGGACGCUUCUGGACGAGGAUCACCGGUGCCUUCGGAGCCCGAGACCACCACUGUCACUCGUGAGGUCUACCAGGCUCCACAUGGCGACGAGCCCGAGCAUCACUUCACCGAGACCACAACCACUACCGUAACCCAGAAGGUUCAUGAUGAGCCGAGUGAGGAGGAUGCUGGUCAGGGAGAGCCGGAAGAGGAGCUGCCGCAUGUCGUCGAGACCAUCACAACCACUACUUCUGGACCAGGAUCCUCAGUGCCUCAGUCUCCAGUUUUAUCGGAAAAGUACCAGGAGCAUGAUGAACCGAAACCAGAGGUGCCAUCGGAGAAACAUUUGUCAGCUUCAUCUUCUCCAUCUUCUCAACCCGAUCAACAAAACCUUUUGGAAUCACCGGCUGUGUCCGAGAAGGAGUUGCCGCACGUCGUUGAAAAAGAAGGACGAGCAUCUGAAGUAAGCUCGCCAUCUCCAGUUUCCCCGACGCCGUCAGAGAAGGAGCCGGAAGCUCACCUGAUCUCGGAGACCACUACAAUCACCACUGUCCAUCGGGAAUUCUAUGAUGAGCCGAAGCAUCUUUAUGAACAUCCACAGGAGUCAUCUCACGUGGAAUCCGAACGAUACGAGGGAUCGCCGGUUGUUUCCGAGAAGGAACUUCCCCACGAGCCCGAGCAAGAAUCCUACUCACCUGCUCCAUCUUCUCAAGCCGAGUCGGAACGUCCUCACGUCGUGGAGACUACCACCACGACUACUACGACACGCGAAUUUUUCGAUGAGCCGGAGGAACCGACCGGAUCGCCCUCACCACUCACUGAGACCACUACCACCACCACGGUCACUCGGGAGUUCUACGAUGAGCCCGAAGAGCAAAGACCAGACGAGGAGCUCUUUGAAGUCCAGCCAGUCGCCGACACGACUACCACAGUGUCUCGUGAGAUCUACUAUGCUCCAGAGAAUGAUGAUCAACCGGAAUCUGAGCAUCAUGUCAUCGAGAAGACGACCACCACGACCAUCAGUCGGGAGUUGCACGAGGAGCCGGGGUCGCCAACUGGUGAAAUAGAGCCGCAUUAUGUGGAGACGAGCACAACGACUACGGUUACUCGGGAGUAUGAGCAGCCGGAAGAGGAGGGUGAGAAGUAUGUGCCGGAGGAGCCAACCCAUCACCGUACUUCAUCUGAGGUGGCAAAGGAGUCUUCAGUUGCCGAGCACUUGGAGCCAGAGCACCAACAGCCAGAAUACGAUUCGGAACGUCUUUCGGAACCAGCAUCUUCCCCGAUUCCGGAAUCUCCAGUUGGAAAGGCGAAUCUACCGCUUGUCAGUGAGACUAUAAUGACUGGCGAGCACUACGAGGAAGAGCCAGAGGAGCCGAUUCAUCGGGAAGCUUCUCCGAUCCGAUCGGAAUACGCUCCUGCUUCACCAUCCGGAUCUUCAUCUCCAGUUCCAUCAGAGAGAUCUGUGACGAGAGUUGUUGAGACCACUACCACCACUGUCACCAGAGGAUUCCAUGAAGAAGAGCCACAUCAUGAUGCUCAGUAUUUCCAUGAGCAAUCCGAAUCUCCAGAACCAGCGGAACGGACUUCAUUGUUGGAAGAGCCACGACACGAUGCUCCAGCUGAUUCGGGCUACUUCCAUGAGCAAGCAGAGCAUGAAAUUCCAACUGAACAUGCACCAUUGCUCACCGAGCAACAACCAGAAUCCGGAGAGGAAAGCGAUGGAGAAGGAUUCGGAAGCAAGGUGCUCGGAUUUGCGAAGAAGGCGGGAAUGGUCGCCGGAGCUGUGGUUGCUGCUCCAGUUGCUCUCGCUGCUGUUGGAGCCAAGACUGCUUACGAUGCGCUCAAGAAGGAUAGUGAUGAGGAGCCAGAGGAGCCUGAACGACGAGCUCUGGAAUCUCCAAUUUCAUCGGAACAGUACCAGGAGCCAAUCCACGAGUCUUCGGAACCAGAGAAGCAUCAUAUCACAGAGACAACGACAACUACCACGGUGACCCGUGAGUUCUACGAUGAGCCGGUGUCUCCAGUUCCAUCGGAUACUGCUGGAUCGCCUAUGGAAAGCGAGAAGUCGAUCCCUCAUGUCGUCGAGACCACCACAACCACCACUGUCACCCGGGACUUUGACCAGGACGCUUCUGGACGAGGAUCACCGGUGCCUUCGGAGCCCGAGACCACCACUGUCACUCGUGAGGUCUACCAGGCUCCACAUGGCGACGAGCCCGAGCAUCACUUCACCGAGACCACAACCACUACCGUAACCCAGAAGGUUCAUGAUGAGCCGAGCGAGGAGGAUGCUGGUCAGGGAGAGCCGGAAGAGGAGCUGCCGCAUGUCGUCGAGAGCACCACCACGACUACAGUGACGCGUGAUUAUGAAGAUGAAGAUGAGGAAGCUCCACAUGUUACGGAGACCACAACCACCACCACUGUGAUCCGCGAAUUCUAUGGAGAAGAACCGGAAGAGCUGGAAUGUCAAUCGCCAGUACCAUCAGAGAAGGACAAAGAUUCUUCGUCUCCGACGAGCGAGACCAGCACUUCUGUGAGUCGGGAAGUCCAUCCGGACGAGCCGCAUGUCGUGGAGACCACCACCACGACUACUGUCACUCGGGAGUAUCAUGAUCAAUCGGAGAGGCAGGACCCAGAGCCAGAACACGAUUCGGAACGUCUGUCGGAACCCGCAUCAUCUCCAAUUCCGGAAUCUCCGCUUCUCAGCGAGACUCGCGAAUACUAUGAGGAAGAGCCGGACGAGCCGAUUCAUCGCGAAGCUUCUCCAGUUCAAUCGGAGCAAGACGUAUCUUCAUCUCCAGUUCCAUCUGAAAGCUCUGUGGCUCGCAUUGUGGACACCACCUUGACUACUGUCACCCGAGAGUUCGACCAGGAAGAGCCGCACCGCGAUGCUCCAGUUGAUCGGCAAUUCCAUGAGCAGGAACCGGAAGAGCACGAAGCUUUGCUCGGAGAACGACGUGGCCUGGAAUCUCCAGUUUCAUCGGAUAACUACCAGGAGCGUCAUGAACCAGAGGCGAGCCAAAAGUCGCCAGUACCAUCAGAAAAACAUGACCACCAUGUUGCUGAGUCCACCAAGUUCUCCGAUGAGCCGGAAUCCCCAAUCCCAUCGGAUCAUGAAGCAAUCCAUCGAUCUGAACGUCUAUCGGAACCAACUUCUUCAGCUGAAAGUGAACAGGAUCUUUCUCGUGUCAUCGACGUCAACCGACACUUUGAUCAGGAAGAUCCGGACGAGCCAGUCCAUUCCGAAGAGCUCUUGCAGUUCCAGGGCGAGCAAUCGCUGGAAGAACUCGAAAAAGAGGAGGCGGAAGAGAGAGCAGCUCACGAACCAGUUGCCGAGCCUAGAUUGGAACGGGAGGGAUCCUAUUCGCCGGGAUAUUCGCCAAAGUCGCCAGAUGGAUCGUUAGCUGAAUCCGAUGAGGAGAGCCGGAAGAUUGUGGAGACUGUCACCACCACCACGACUACCAGGACUCAUGAAGUUCCUGAUGAGCCGGAGAAAAAGUCUGAAGAUGCAGCUCCGGAAGAGCCAGAAGACUUGGAAUCCCCGGUCAAGUCUCCAUACGAGCAACCGACAGAGUACGGACGAGUCGACUCGCACGAUGCUCCAGCGUCUCCAGCUCCUUCUGUUGAAUCUGCUCAUGAAAGUAUUGUCAUCGAGACCACAACUAUCACCACUGUCCAUGAGCCGGAAGAUGCUCCGAGAGACGUCGUCGAGUCCCAGGAGUAUACUGGAUCUCCAGUUCCAUCUGAACAUGCACCAUUGCUCACCGAGAAACAAACGGAAUCCGGAGAGGAAAGCGAUGGAGAAGGAUUCGGAAGCAAGGUGCUCGGAUUCGCGAAGAAGGCGGGAAUGGUCGCCGGAGCUGUGGUUGCUGCUCCAGUUGCUCUCGCUGCUGUUGGAGCCAAGACUGCUUACGAUGCUCUCAAGAAAGAUAGUGAUGAGGUGGAACCGGAAGAGCACGAAGCUUUGCUCCGAGAAGAAGAACGUCAACGACGAGUCUCGGAAUCUCCAGUUUCAUCAGAGAAGCCUUUGAUAGGAGUAGGAGACGAUCAGCCAGUUCAUCACUACACUGAGACCACCACCACGACCACUGUGACUCGGGAGCACUUUGAUGAGACGGAAUCCUAUUCGCCUGCUCCAUCUUCUCGAUCUGAGAAACAGUUGGAGUCACCAGCCGCUUCCGAAAAGGACAUUCCAUAUCAAGCAGAGUCCAAUUUGCCAGCUCCUCCAUCAGUUGGCUCGCCGGAGAAAGAGCACUCGGAAGUUGUGGAGUCCACGACUGUUGUGACCCGAGAAUAUUAUCACGAUGAGCCGGAGGAUGAGCCAGUUCAUCGAGAUGCGGGAAGAGAAGAGACCACUGAAAUUCGGGAAGUGUAUGAUGCUCCGGGCGGUGAGCACUUCAUCGAGACCACCACCACCACUACUGUUACGAAGGAGGUCUAUGAGCCGGUUCACGAUGAUGCUCAAGUGGAUCGUGAGGAACCGGAAGGAUACCGUCCAGCUUCGGGAUCAGAGGCCGAUGAUGAGUCGCAUGCUCCGAGAUACUUGGAAACGACGACAACUACCACUGUCAUCCGGGAGUAUGAAGUGUCGGAAGAUGAGGAAGAUCAUGCUGUUCCACAAGAAUCUCCAACUCCAUCGGAAGAAACAGUGUCCCGUAUCGUCGAGUCCACAACCACGACUAUAGUAACCCACUAUGAGCCGGAAGAUGAACAUGAGAAGCCGCGCGUCGUUGAAUCCCAGGAAUAUGCUUCUGGAUCUUUGGGAUCUCCAGUUCCAUCUGAAGAAGGAUCCCUCAAACUCGUCGAAACCACCACCGUGACUCAAGAGCAUUAUGAGCCGGAGGACGAGCGCGUCGGAUCUCCAAAGUCUGCUGGGCAUGUUGUCGAGUCCCAGGAGUACGAACAUGGAUCUCUAGUUCCGUCGGAAGAGCCGGAGGAGUCGAUUCAUCGAGACGCUCCUGCUUCACCAUCCGGAUCUUCAUCUCCAGUUCCAUCAGAGAGAUCUGUGACGCGAGUUGUUGAGACCACUACCACCACUGUCACCAGAGGAUUCCAUGAAGAAGAGCCACAUCAUGAAUCUCCAGCUGCUCAGUAUUUCCAUGAGCAAUCCGAAUCUCCAGAACCAGCGGAACGGACUCCAUUGUUGGAGGAACCGCAACACGAUGCUCCAGCUGAUUCAGGCUACUUCCAUGAGCAAGGAGAGCAUGAAAUUCCAACUGAACAUGCACCAUUGCUCACCGAGAAACAAACGGAAUCCGGAGAGGAAAGUGAUGGAGAAGGAUUCGGAAGCAAGGUGCUCGGAUUCGCGAAGAAGGCGGGAAUGGUCGCCGGAGCUGUGGUUGCUGCUCCAGUUGCUCUCGCUGCUGUUGGAGCCAAGACUGCUUACGAUGCGCUCAAGAAGGAUAGUGAUGAGGAGGAACCGGAAGAGCACGAAGGUUUGCUCCGAGAAGAAGAGCGUCAACGACGAGCCGUGGAAUCUCCAGAGCAUCAUGAACCAGCUGCAAAAUUCUACGAGCCUUUUGAAGAGGAUCGUAGCGUCCAGUCCGCGUCGCCUGUCAAAGAAGAACCAAAGAUCAUCUCUCCAGCUCAAUCCAUCGAGGAGAUCAAAGAGAAGCUGCAGGAGGCCGAGAAGCGGUUUGAAGAGGAAGUGGACAAGGAGCCGUUUGUCAUCGAAUCAGAAGAGUACGAGCCGGCGGUCCAUGAAGAGCAGCGUAUCAGCUCUCCAGUUCACUCGGAUUCUGGAGACGUCGAACAUCAACUUCAGAAAGACGUCGAAAAAGAAGAAGAAGAAGAAGAAGAAGAAGAAGAAGAGGAUGAAGCCGACGCUCCGUACAUUAUUGAUUCGGAAGAGUAUGAAUUUGUGGGAGGACAGGAGGAAAGAAUCUCGUCGCCAGCUCAUGAAGAUGAGGAAGACGAAGAUGUCAUCGAAUCAGAAGUCUACCAGAGACAUCACGAAGAACACGAUCCGAGCAUUAUUGAGUCUGAGGAGUAUGAGAAUGGAUCUGGAUCCGGAUCCGGAUCCGGAUCUCCAAGACCGUUCGAAGAGUCCACCACGACGACUGUCAUCAGCGUUCAUCACGAGCCGCCAGCCAUCCCGGAGCCUGAAGUUGAUGAGGAGGAGUUUGAAGAAGACCGAUCAAUAAUUGAGUCUCAGGAGUAUUCUUCUGGAUCCCCGCUGCCACCAACCACCGUCACCAGUGUGGAGCAUGUGGAGCCCGAGAAGCGGGAGGAGUACACUCCGGAAUACCCGACGACUGUUGCGGCGGUGAGCAGUGAGCACCUGGAUGGUGGUCACAUAAUCGAGUCCCAGGAGUAUACUGGAUCUCCAGUUCCAUCCGAGGAGAGUGCCCAUGGAUUCAUUAAGACCACCACGACCACCACUACUGUUACUCGUGAGCACUUUGAGCCGGAGGAUGAGCUUGAGCCAUCAGCAUCACCAGCUCCAUCGGAAGAAGCGGUAUCUCGAGUCGUUGAAACCACCACCACGACUACAGUAACCCGCGAGCACUUUGAGCCGGAAGAGAAUGUCGUCGUGUCUCCAGUACCAUCUGAAGAAGGAUCGCCGAAAGUUAUCGAGACCACUACCACCACCACGGUCACCCGCGAACAUUAUGAGCCCGAAGACGAGGAAGAGCACAUCGUCGAAUCUCAGGAGUACCUCGGAUCUCCAGUCCGAUCUGAAAAGUCCCUGGAGUCGGAGCAAUCUGUGACCAAAGUUGUGGAGACCACUACUACGACUACGGUGACGCGUGAAUAUGUGGAUGCGGAGGAUGCUCCAGCUCCUCCGGCUCUUCUCGAAGAGCCCGUCGACCGAGUCCAGGAGACUACGACGACUACAGUCACUCGUGAGAACUAUGAGCCGGAGUUGGAAGAAAACAAGUCGCCAGUUCCGUCAGAAGAAGAAGAAGUUCAUGGAUUCAUCAAGACCACAACCACUACCACUACUGUCACCAGUGAGCACUUUGAGCCGGAAGAGGAGGAGCCACAUCACGAUGCUCCUCACUUCCAUGAGCAAUCCGAAUCUCCAGUACCAGCGGAACGGACUCCAUUGUUGGAGGAACCGCAACACGAUGCUCCAGCUGAUUCAGGCUACUUCCAUGAGCAAGCAGAGCAUGAAAUUCCAACUGAACAUGCACCAUUGCUCACCGAGGAGCAAACGGAAUCCGGAGAGGAAAGCGAUGGAGAAGGAUUCGGAAGCAAGGUGCUCGGAUUUGCGAAGAAGGCGGGAAUGGUCGCCGGAGCUGUGGUUGCUGCUCCAGUUGCUCUCGCUGCUGUCGGAGCCAAGACUGCCUACGAUGCUCUCAAGAAGGAUAGUGAUGAGGAGCCAGAGGAGCCUGAACGACGAGCUCUGGAAUCUCCAAUUUCAUCGGAACAGUACCAGGAGCCAAUCCACGAGUCCUCGGAACCAGAGAAGCAUCAUAUCACAGAGACAACGACAACUACCACGGUGACCCGUGAGUUCUACGAUGAGCCGGUGUCUCCAGUGCCAUCGGAUACUGCUGGAUCGCUUGUGGAAAGCGAGAAGUCGAUCCCUCAUGUCGUCGAGACCACCACAACCACCACUGUCACCCGGGACUUUGACCAGGACGCUUCUGGACGAGGAUCACCGGUGCCUUCGGAGCCCGAGACCACCACUGUCACUCGUGAGGUCUACCAGGCUCCACGUGGAGACGAGUAUGAGCUCUCAAGAAAAGAUAGUGAUGAGGAAGCAGAAGAGCCUGAACGACGAGCUCUGGAAUCUCCAGUUUCAUCGGAGAAGCAUGAGGAACCGGAAGAACGCAAGGUUCUGCUUGACGAACCUCUUCAUUACCAGUCCUCUGAACUUCAACGCCCCGCCCCAACCAUCGAGAGCCAACCGGACGAUUCUUCCGAGUCCGAAGGUUCAUUUGUCGAUCACGGAGAGCCGGAAGGACUUCCCGCUCACUCCACCGAAGCCGCCUUCAAACUCUCAACCGAAGACGUCGCCGAGCAAACCGCUCAGAAGCUCGUCUCCGAGGUUUUCACUCCAUUAAACCGAACUCUCAUUGAAUCGGAGCAGUAUCGCGCUUCCAUCGAGUCGCUGAACCGUGAGCCGGAGCACAAGAAGAGUGUGGAGGACGAUCUGGCAUCGGAGGCUCUUCAGAACGUCACCAAGAUCAGUUAUGGAGACGCGGAGGCUGUCGGAGAUAAGGCAGACGAUGAAGAUGAGGAGUGGAAGGUGUACGAUCGUCACGGAGAAGUGCUGGAAGAGUUCUCGACCCAACUCACUGACAAUGUGAUUCAAGAAGCUGAAGGCGAUGCGACGAGCCAGAUCAUGAUGAGUCAGGCCGAGUACUCGCCGAGUCGUUCCAAGUUUUUGAAGCAGGAGAGCUGCCAGGAGAUUUCCAACGAGCCGGAGGUCGACUAUUAUUCGGAUCUUCAGGAGAAGCUCAUGAUUUUGGCCGGUGAGAAGGAUCGUCUAGGAGCGCUUCCAGAGGAAGAGCCGUCGAGUGGUGGAGCGUCGGAUCAGUUGGAUGUGAUUCAUGAGUCAGAUCAGGAGCAUCAGGAAUCCGAGGAGCUCGAAGAAGCAGCCGAGCACACGGCAAUCCAGCUCGUCGACCAGGUUCUCGAGCAGAUUAGCCACGAGCUCGGCGAGCAAGAGGAAGAUCAGAAGACGAUGACGUCGGACGCCUACCUGACGGCCACCGAAUCGAAAGACGAUCAGUACGACACUUGUGUCACCUCUCAGGACGACACGUACGAGUCCGCGCAAGGCUGGACGUCCCAGGAUUCAGAGUACACGUCGGCGACGUCGCAGGCGCCGAGCCGGCUCAGCGACGAGGAGAGCGGCGAGCAGACUGCGCGCGAGACGUCUACUCCGCAGGCGGCUCUGUCGCCCGUCGACUCUGACCGUCAUUUUACAGUUCAGGCGGACUUUGAGAUGCCCGUCAUUAAAGCGUUCGGCCCCGACGAUUACCUUCAGUCCACCGCUAGAUCCACCCCAGACGUUGCACUUCAGGUCACGAUCGAGGAGGAGGACGAGAGCGACGACAAGUUGCCGAUCAGCCCGAGCGGAGUGCUUUUGCCGCCCGCCACCGAUCCGGGACGGCCAGUUUCACCGGUACCACCGCGCAGAGAGCCCGAUGGAGGCGUUUUUGUGUUCGGACAUGAGGAGGAUGUGAUCGCCGAGCCGACACCGCCGCCACAGCCUUUUGAAGAAGAGGUUGCACGACGACAGGAGACCGAACGCAUCCAUGGUUUAGCCAUGGAGGCGUCGUCCGAUCCAGCAAACAGCGAGUCUUCACGUUACUCGCGACAACUGUCGGACCUGUCGUCGUCGGCGGAGAGCCACGCGGACACUGUGAUCCGUGUCGAUCCGGAGACGGAGCGUAGUGGAUCUACGGACUCGUUAGAGGUCGUCAGUGUUAUUGAUGUUCCCGAGAAGCCCGAAGACGAGCCGUCUGCCGAACAACUUGGAUUUGAGGUCUAUGAGGGUGAGGUCGAACAGCAACAACAACAACAACAACCCGAAGAGCUAGAAACGGUUGAGGAAGAGCCGGAAGACUCGGAUUCCCUUAACGAAAGCGGCAACCAUUCGAGCGGCCACUCGUCUGUCGGAGUGCCAGCCGAUACGCUCGCCAUGAUUGGAAAGUACCGCCAUCAAUCGAGCGACAAUCUCUCGCUCACAUCCCUUCAAGAGUUUGAGCGUCUGGAGAAGGAGGUCGGCGCACGAGGAGACGGAUCUUUGACGCGAUCGGAGAUCGAAUUGCUGAUGGCCGGCCGACUGAAUAAGAGCGGAGAGGGAUCGGCGAGCUCGUUGGCCGAGUUUGAAAGGCUUGAGAAAGAGAUGACGGAGAAUCAGUCGCCGCCGGAAGACGUCAUGAUGCUGUCGGACAUUCGAGAAGAGUCCGAGGCCGAGGACAUGAGCAUUUGCAAUGAUGACGAUGAGGAGCAAGCCGGAUCGGGUUCCGAUACGGAGUUGAAGAGCCGUCCGGUCCAGGAGGAAGAUCUUCGUGUCAUCACUCCGAUCGCUCCUUCUCCGACCGACUCGCUCGAGCACUCGAUCGACCCCAUUCAGCUACAGUACCUGGAGACCAGCACCGACUCCCUAGAGCCGACUUUCCAAGAGAUUGAGGUCGAGCAGAGACCCGAUAGUGUGGAGGAUACCUCGCUGACCGAGUAUGAAGUGGUCCCCAAGAUCAUGGAAGCCAGCACCACUGACUCUUUGGACGGAGCUGCCACAAUCGAAAGGGUAAGGAUGAGUAGCAGCGAAUCGUUUAGUUUAUAUACUUGUUUCAGGACUCUCUGCUGGAAGGUGCCAGUCAAGGCAUCGAAUCGACACAAUCCACACAUGGUCUCUUGUCGGGCGACACGAUGAGAACCCUCGUCACCGACGACGACGACGACGACAAGGACUCGUUGGACGGCGAGGUUUCGAGCAUGCUUCAGUCCUAUCCGACCACUCUGACCACAUUCCAAACCACCGCGAUCGGAACCGACGGCACCGUUCAGACCAUCUCGAGACGUGUUGAGACUAAGGCGAGUUUUUGAGUGUGUUCAUGAUGAAAUUUUUGAGUUCAGGUAACCGAUCCGCUCGUCUCGCACGUCACAUUCACCGGAACCGAAAGUCAGGAGCGUCUCGAUCAAUUGCCCGACGAUCAGCAAUUCGAAACUGUGGAUACGGAGGGAAAUGUGACGAGGACCACCUAUCGGCGGGACCACGAUCAACAUUCGCACUAUUAG